AUGGGUAAACGUAAAGGCAAAUGUGUUAAAAGAAAUUCGUCAACAAAACAAGCGGCAGAGCCUGAACAUGUUGUCAAAGCGCCACAUUCUUUUGUUAUUCAUAGAGGAAAUUGUUCUAAAAAUCUAAUGGAUCUUACAAAAGAUUUUAGAAAGAUAAUGGAACCGUUUACUGCAUCACAGUUGAAGGAGAGAAAGAAAAAUACAAUUAAAGAUUUUUUGUCUGUAUCUGGUUAUCUCCACGUGUCACACAUGAUGGUAUUUACAGAAACAGAACUUGGCACAUAUAUGAGAUUGGCAAGAUUACCUCGAGGACCCACCCUCACUUUCAGGGUUCAGAAUUACAGUUUAGCAAGAGAUGUGGUGUCAUCGCUCCGAAAACAGUAUGUGAAUGCUAGGGCAUUUCAAAAUGCACCAUUAAUAGUGCUAAAUAGUUUUUCCGGUGAAGGCAUGCACAUGAAACUUAUGGCUACAAUGUUCCAGAACAUGUUUCCUACAAUAAACAUAACAAAUGUGAAACUAAAAAAUAUAAGACGGUGUGUUUUAAUGAACUACAACCCCACAACAAAACUGAUUGACAUGAGGCAUUACAUUAUACGAGCUAUACCUGUAGGAUUGAAUAAAGGUGUUAAAAAGAUGGUACAAGGAAAGAUUCCUAAUCUCAAUCGAUGUAAAGACAUGUCAGAAUUUUUUGAUAAAGCAGCCCUUCUAUCGGAAAGUGAGUAUGAAGAGGAUGCAACCAACCAGGUGACGCUACCUCAAAGUUUGGCGACUCGAGGGGCGGCUGAGAAUUCUCAGUCGGCUAUACGAUUGGUUGAGCUCGGGCCAAGGUUGUCUUUGCACCUGAUUAAAGUUGAAGACGGUUUAAUGGAUGGUGAGGUUCUGUUCCAUGAACUCGUAGAAAAGACAGAUGAAGAAAAGGCGCUUAUUAAAAAGAAGCGGGAAGAGAAGAGACGAUUGAAAGAGAAACGUAAAUCUCAACAAGAUGAGAAUGUCAAACGCAAACAAAAAGAGAAGGAAGACCUUAAACAAAAAGCUCUGGAGGGAAUCAAAAAGAAGAAGGAGUUAACUGAGAAUCAAAGGCUGUCGGAGUUGGCGGACGCCGAGGGUCAGGAGCCGGAAGACGACGCCGUCUACUACCGCCAGGAGGUAGGCGCAGAACCCGAACCGGAUCUUUUCAGCCGAAAUCCUUCGAGGAAAAGAAAAUCUGACGGCACUGACGAACCUAGAGGUUUCAAGAAAAUGAGAUUAGACAAGAAAUUAAAUAAAAAAUAUCAGAAUAAAAACGAGAAAAGCACUACGAGAGCCACAGAUCGGGAUUCUAGAAAUAGACAGCAAGGCGGUGGAAAAUUCAAAAAUUCUGACUCGAGGAACAAACGGGCAGGAGGAAAAUUUAAUAAGUUUAACAAAUUGGGGAACAGUAAAUCAAAAGGGGGAAAGAGUAAAGGAAACCAGAGAAAGUGA